AUGGCCUACCCCAUCGUUGAGCGUCAUGAUAUCAAGGCUGUUCUUCCAUCCGACUUUCUCCACGGAUGUGCAUCCGCAGCCUAUCAGAUUGAGGGAGCCACUGCCAAAGAUGGAAGAGGUUCUUGCAGCUGGGACGAUUUUCUAAAAGACCAGCCCGAGAAAGGAGAUGACGCUUGUCGCUCAUAUGACCUUUGGCAAGAAGACGUGAAACUCUUGAAGCAGUAUGGGGCCAAGUCCUAUCGCUUCUCGAUCUCCUGGUCUCGUAUCAAGCCACUUGGGGGGAAGGAUGACCCAAUCAACGAAAAGGGGAUAGAGUUCUAUAACAACCUUAUUGAUGCCUUGAUCGAGGCUGGGGUUGAACCGACCGUAACUCUACACCACUACGAUACACCUCUCGCUCUCGAUGAAGCAUAUCGGAGAUUCGCUUCUAGUGAUCCCACCCAUCUUGUCGCAGACUUUCUCUCUUACGCCAGGCUUUGCUUCGAGAGAUUUGGAGACCGGGUCAAACGAUGGCUCACAAUCAACGAGCCCUGGAUCUUUUGCUCACUGGCGCCUGAUGGGCUUGUGAAAAAUUAUACGAGGCAGGACUUCUUUAGGAUUGGCCACAACUGUCUUUCGGUCCAUGGACAUACUGCGAAGCUAUACCAGACCACUUUCAAAGCUCAGCAAAGAGGGCAAAUUGGUAUCGCCCUAAACUAUGAUUGGGUUGAGCCACUAGAUGAAUCAGAACUGGCAAUGAAUGCUGCCAAAGUUGCGGAAGAAAGAUCCUUGGGCUGGUGGGCUUUGCCAAUUUUUAAAGGAAUCCAGACCAACUCUUGGGACCAGUACCGCGAGGCAUUCCACAAGCUCACGUCAAAAGAGCUUGAACUUGUCAAAGGAUCCGCUGAUUUUUUCUCUAUCAACCACUACGGAAUGAUGCACGCGACUGGGAAACUAUUUGAGCCUUAUACCAAGACGAACUUCCGCGAUCUUGACGAUGUGGAAAAGACACAUUACAAGAAUGGAGUUGCUAUUGGUCGACGCGGUGAGAACGGACACCCGCAUACAGUCCCUUGGGGCUUUGCCAAGAUGCUUACUCAUGUCUGGAAAAUAUACGCCCAGCCACUUGACAUCCCGAUCUACGUUUACGAAAAUGGCUAUCCUGUCGAAGAUGAGUCCAAGUUUCCCAUUCAAGAUAUCGUCAACGACAAGUACAGACAGGAGUUCUUUGACCUUUACAUCGGUGCAUUGUGCGAUGUGGUCAAGAAAGAAGGCGCGAAAAUUGCCGGCUAUCAUUGCUGGAGCUUGCUGGAGGACGGGUUCAAGCGAAUCCCUAAGGAUUCUUCAAAGACAGUUGCUGCUAUCUGGGACCACGUGGUCGAAAAGUAG